GGCGCACCGCGGAAGGAUACAGCACAUUCUGGAACGCGUGUGUAUAAAGAUUCCGGUCUAUUAAAAGGAAGUCCCUUUCUAUUUCCCUGCGUCAGAGAGCAGAAGGGACAACGUUGUUGGUUGCAAAUUAUUCACGAUAAGUCAACGAAACAAACAAGAUGCCUGAAGAAAUGCACCAAGAGGAGGAGGCUGAGACCUUUGCCUUUCAGGCAGAGAUCGCUCAGCUGAUGUCCCUGAUCAUCAACACCUUUUAUUCCAACAAAGAGAUCUUCCUUAGGGAGCUGAUCUCCAAUGCCUCUGAUGCUCUGGAUAAGAUUCGCUAUGAAAGCCUGACAGAGCCAUCUAAGCUGGAUAGUGGCAAGGAUCUGAAAAUUGACAUAAUUCCCAACAAAGCUGAUCGCACCCUAACCCUCGUCGACACUGGAAUUGGCAUGACCAAAGCUGACCUCAUCAACAACCUGGGUACCAUUGCCAAGUCUGGUACAAAGGCUUUCAUGGAGGCCCUUCAGGCUGGAGCUGACAUCUCCAUGAUCGGUCAGUUCGGUGUGGGUUUCUACUCAGCAUACCUUGUUGCUGAAAGGGUGGUUGUCAUUACCAAACACAAUGAUGAUGAGCAGUAUGCCUGGGAAUCAUCCGCUGGAGGUUCUUUCACAGUCAAGGUUGACAGUGGUGAACCCAUUGGCCGUGGAACCAAGAUCAUCCUGUACCUGAAGGAAGACCAGACAGAAUAUAUCGAGGAAAAGAGGAUCAAGGAGAUCGUAAAGAAGCACUCUCAGUUCAUUGGCUAUCCCAUCACCCUGUUUGUGGAGAAGGAGCGUGACAAGGAGAUCAGUGAUGAUGAGGCAGAGGAGGAAAAGACUGAGAAGGAGGAGAAGGAAGAAGGUGAGGAGAAGCCAAAGAUUGAGGAUGUAGGAUCUGACGAUGAGGAGGACACAAAAGACAAGGAUAAGAAGAAAAAGAAGAUCAAGGAGAAGUACAUUGAUCAGGAAGAGCUGAACAAGACCAAGCCCAUCUGGACCAGAAACCCAGAUGACAUCACUAACGAGGAGUACGGAGAGUUCUACAAGAGCCUGACCAAUGACUGGGAGGAUCACUUGGCUGUCAAGCACUUCUCUGUGGAGGGUCAGCUUGAGUUCCGGGCCCUGCUUUUUAUUCCCCGUCGUGCACCUUUUGACCUCUUUGAGAACAAGAAAAAGAAGAACAACAUCAAAUUGUACGUCAGGAGAGUGUUCAUCAUGGACAACUGUGAAGAGCUCAUCCCAGAGUACCUGAACUUUGUGAGGGGUGUGGUGGAUUCUGAGGACCUGCCCCUCAACAUCUCCAGAGAAAUGCUGCAGCAGAGCAAGAUCCUUAAAGUUAUCCGCAAGAACAUUGUCAAGAAGUGCCUGGAGCUCUUUUCUGAACUGUCUGAGGACAAGGAGAACUACAAGAAGUUCUACGAAGCCUUCUCCAAAAACAUCAAGCUGGGCAUCCAUGAGGACUCUCAAAACCGCAAGAAGCUCUCUGAACUCCUGCGUUACCACAGCUCCCAGUCUGGAGAUGAGACCACCUCUCUCACAGAGUACCUUUCACGCAUGAAGGAAAACCAGAAGUCCAUCUACUACAUCACUGGUGAGAGCAAAGAUCAGGUUGCAAACUCUGCCUUUGUCGAGCGCGUCCGCAAACGUGGCUUCGAGGUCUUGUACAUGACAGAGCCCAUCGACGAGUACUGUGUCCAGCAGCUGAAGGAGUUUGAUGGCAAAAGCCUAGUCUCAGUCACCAAAGAGGGUCUGGAGCUGCCAGAGGAUGAGGAGGAGAAGAAAAAGAUGGAGGAGGAUAAGGCAAAGUUUGAGAGCCUCUGCAAGAUCAUGAAGGAAAUCCUAGACAAGAAAGUUGAGAAGGUAACGGUUUCUAACAGACUGGUGUCCUCACCCUGCUGCAUCGUGACGAGCACUUAUGGCUGGACGGCCAACAUGGAGAGGAUCAUGAAGGCCCAGGCACUCAGGGACAACUCCACCAUGGGAUACAUGAUGGCCAAGAAGCACCUGGAGAUCAACCCCGACCACCCAAUCGUGGAAACUCUCAGGCAGAAGGCAGACACUGACAAGAACGACAAGGCUGUGAAGGAUCUGGUCAUCCUGCUGUUCGAAACCGCCCUGCUAUCCUCAGGUUUCUCCCUGGAUGACCCACAGACCCACUCCAACCGCAUCUACAGAAUGAUCAAGCUCGGCCUGGGCAUCGACGAUGACGACAUUCCCGCAGAGGAGGCAACUUCUACAUCUGUUCCCGACGAAAUUCCUCCACUAGAAGGUGAUGCUGAAGAUGACGCCUCACGCAUGGAAGAGGUCGAUUAAACAAACCUACCCCAACAUCUUACACUUCAGCCUCACUUUUCAAUUGUUCAUUGUCAAAACUGCAGCUUCUGCAGAUCAAAAUCAUUCAUGUUGUUUGGUGGCCCAGUAUUGCUCUUACAUGCAGAGCAUUACUCUGCAAGACCUCCUGGAGAAAAGCGUUUUGGUUUUUGCUGUAGAAGUUCAUGGUGACACCACAUUUUGUUUUAACAAGUACACUGUUGCACUGAGUUUUAAAUGUUGGUGUGGUAAAUGUGUGAACAGUGGAAUGGUACAUUCCAUGAUAAGGUCUGGUGAGGGGUUUGAGGUAAUUCUGCUCAUGUGCAACACUGCACUCUGCAUGGAGAGGACUGUAUGAUUCCUUUGCCUGAGUCCAGGCUCGUCUGUAUUCAAAGUCUUGUUUUGCAAAAAAUUAAAGAUGUAAUACCUUA